GAAAAAUCAGCCCAACCCAUGAAUAGACUCAGUUGCUUGUACGACAAGGCAGAACCAACCAAAGGGGCUCAACGGGCUUCAAAAUUUAGCCUCCAAACGGAGACAGUGUUUGAAUGGUGUUACAUUCGUUGGGAAUGUUUGCUCACAGUCCUUGGCGCUUGUCGGGGCUAGCCGGAGCAACCCCGAAAUUGAGGCUUGGUCGAGAGAGAUCGAAAAGAAGCCAAAUAAAUAAACAAUCAAUAUAAAACUGGACGUUGUUGCCCACCUCUUGGCGACCGAAUGACCACGAGUCUUCAGCGGAUCGAGACUGCGAAAUAUUUCUGCAGGAACUCGAUAAAUUUUUGAAUUCUAUUAGUCCCUUCUUCUCUUCCCAUUCGAUUACCACUCUGCUCGCUGCCAUGCCAGCCGUCUCUAUUCGGAAUGCCUUGUGGCCGCUUGCAGCCUUGCUGGUGGCAUCAACCAGGACAGCGUCCCUUGAGAAAAGGCAGGAGAGCCUCGCCAACUUCACCUGGACCUCGAUUGAUCCGUCUCGAGACCUGCAGUAUCAUGACUGCUACAAUGGGUACAGGUGCGCGCGUCUGGAAGUUCCUCUGGACUGGACCAAUACCAACAACACGAUCUCGUCAGGGGUUGCCAUCGGUAUCGCUACUCUUCCAGCCGUGGUUCCCGAUACCGACCCUUCCUUUGGGGGCACGGUGCUGGUCAACCCGGGAGGUCCGGGCGGAUCAGGCGUCGAGAUGGUUUUGCUCUUUGGAAAAUACCUGCAGGGCAUUCUUGACGGCGAUAAACACUAUGAGAUUCUCGGCUUUGACCCUCGGGGCGUGGGGAGUAGUACGCCCAGCUCGAGUUGCUACGCCAACAUUCUCAACCGCGUCAUGGAUGUAGUCCAGCAGGGCGGCAUGCCACCCGUCGGGUUGGGGGACGUCGGCUUGAACCUCAACUAUCAGGCUGCUGCCGGGUUUGGGCAAUUGUGCGGCCAACAAGCUGGGCAGGAGAGCAUCUUCGCCCACAUGUCCACCGCAUCCGUCGCUCGGGACAUGUUGGAGAUUGUAGAGCGGGUUGAUGCUGCCUCGAAUAGGGCCAGGAUAAACUCAUCAGUACCUAGGGGCGCAAACAAGAAGCCCCUUCUCCAGUAUCUUGGAGUGUCGUACGGAACCAUUCUUGGGAACACCUUCGCCUCCAUGUAUCCCGAAAGAGUGGGGAGGAUGGUUCUCGACAGCGUUGCUGACGCCGACGACUACAUCAGUGGAACAUGGAGAAAGAAUCUCGAUGACACGGAAUCGGUUAUCGACUAUUUCUACCAAGUCUGUUUCGAUGCCGGAGAUGCCUGCCCAUUGCGGCAAGGCCAAGACCAGAGCGCUGCUGACGUCCGGAGACGCGUUGAUGCCUUCAUCCAGACCCUUGAAACCAACCCCAUAUCAGUUGCGCAAGACGGGCGAGUCCGUCUGCUUACGUCGUACGCGGUCCGCAGUACAAUUCGUCAGACGGUCUACAGCCCCGUCUGUGGGUAUGAGCCUUUAGCCAUCGCACUAGCCAAUUCCGUCUUGAAGGGAAACCACACUCUUAUACUCUCCGGUGGCGGCAGCCUCUGCACGAGAAUCAUGCCCAAUCACGUCCCCGUCGACUGCUCAUGGUGCGCCGAGGCGUCGUUUGGUAUCCUGUGCGGAGACUCGGCUUCUCUUGCCGCCAAGGAUGGGCGCAACGUGUCCUGGGCUAGAAAAGAAGUCGAUUUCCACCAGAAACAGUCUUCAACCGCGGGGGAGCCGUGGUCGCGAAUCCCGCUCUCGUGUGUCAACUGGCAAUUCAAGCCCAAAUACACAUUUUCGGGACCGUUCGGGAGUUCGGUGCCGGUGCUGUUGCUGUCAAACCGCCACGACCCAGCCACGCCGCUGGCAAAUGCCUUCACUCUAUCGCGACGCCACAACGGCUCGGCUGUUGUGGUGCAGGAGUCUUAUGGCCAUAGUGCGCUGCUAGUAUCGACGAGCAACUGUACGGCUGACAUCGUGCGCAAGUACUUCAGUACCGGACAGCUCCCCGCAAAUGGGACCUCUUGUGCCGCCGAUUGUGCGGUGUCGAUCCCUUUUACCGCUUGCCCGGGCCUCAUAGAAUAGGAGGAGAAAGCCGUAUAUAUUUAGAUAGUGCUUUUUUUUCUUCUUUUUUUUCUUCAUUACACUAUUACAAACCACUGGACUGUUAGGGUCGUCUGUCUGUAAGGGAGCACGGGCUCCACAGGAUGCUGGGGUUGGUAAUU